UGAUACCAAAAUUGUACAAGGGUCCUGAGGACUCACGAAGCCAUAGACAAAAAUUUCCAUAAGCAGCAACGUUUGUAGGAUCUUAAGUUUGUGAUGUAGUUUUCCUAUUUAUUGUUCUCUAGGUGUACAGGGCAGAGCAAAACCUGUAAUUUUUUCCAUAGUCGGUAAUUCAGAACAUGUGCAUGACGUCCCUUACAGGUAUCGUCGUUUUGAUAGCAGCGCCUUGUUCAUUCUACAUAGUUAAAUCUUACAGCUGUUGAUACGUAAAUUAUUGGUAGAAAAAGUGUCACUGAAUAUUUCGUUCAGAAACAUAGCCGCUGGCCUGAUACGAUAACCGGCACAAAAAUGAGAGAAGCUGGUAUAAUGCUAAUAAGUACAGCGUUAACAUGCGCUGUAAUUGGCAAUGCUUAUUAUCAAAGAAAACAAUUUUAUCCGACAGUAGUUCACAUAACCAAAUCCAAUCCUAGUAUGACAGUGAUUUAUGCUCAAGGAUUAAUUCUAGUAUUUAUGCUAAAUGCUUUUCUUCGAAAAAUAUUUUUUGGUACACUACGUGCUACUGAACUUGAGCAUCUACUAGAAAGAGUAUGGUAUGCAGUAACUGAAACUUGUCUAGCAUUUACCGUAUUUAGAGAUGACUUCAGUCCCAAAUUUAUAGCAUUAUUUACGCUUCUUUUAUUUUUAAAAUCAUUUCAUUGGUUGGCAGAAGAUCGUGUGGACUACAUGGAAAGAAGUCCGGUGAUAACAUGGUUGUUUCACCUUAGAGUUGGUACAUUAUUAGCUCUUCUAUUUGCUAUAAAUUUAACUAUGAUUCGUUAUGCAUAUAAUACAACAACUACAAAAGGUCCUUCCGUGCAAUUAGUAUUCGGUUUUGAAUAUGCGAUCCUCUUAACUGUCGUGUUCAAUAUAGAAAUAAAGUAUAUAUUGCAUACAAUAGAUCUACAAAGUGAAAAUCCAUGGGAUAACAAACCAGUAUUUCUAUUAUAUACUGAAUUGAUAAUUGGGUUAUUGAAGGUCAUUUUAUAUGUUGCUUUUGUUACAUUGAUGAUAAAAUUAUAUACUUUACCGUUGUUCGCACUUCGACCAAUGUAUUAUACAAUGCGAGAUUUCAAAAAAGCUUUCCAUGACAUUGUAAUGUCUCGUAGAGCUAUCAGAAACAUGAAUACACUAUAUCCAGAUGCAACAGCAGAAGAAUUAGCUGCUGCUGACAAUGUAUGCAUAAUAUGCAGGGAAGAAAUGGUUUCGGCAAGUAAGAAGUUACCAUGUAAUCAUAUUUUUCAUACUGCAUGUCUUCGUUCUUGGUUUCAACGUCAGCAAACAUGUCCCACUUGCCGUUUAAACAUUUUAAGACCUGUUAACAAUAAUCAAGGCAAUAGACAACAAAAUCAACCUCAGCCAGGACCACAAGUACCUCAACCUCCUCAAGCACCAGGAUUUAAUCCAAUUGUUCAAGUCUUACCAGCAUUCUGGGCUGGGCUACAAGCUCCAGGAGCUGCACCGCAACAACAAGUUCCACCAGCAACGCAACAACAACAAGGUCAAAGUACUACUACAAACACUCCUACCACGUCAUUCCAAAAUUUAGCAGCUGGUGGUGUACCACUGUUUCCACCACCAUUUCCUUCUAUGGUACCAUUACCACCGUUUCCUACUCCACCACCUAAUUUAACAGAAUUGAGUGAAGAAGAGCUUAGAGCAAUGGAGGGUAAUUUACGACAAGCUGUAGAAGCUAGAAUGCAAACAUUGCAGCGAAUUCAGCUCUUGCUAGAUGCUGCCAGUGCUAUGAUGAACCAGUAUCAAACAGCCGCAGCUACUGCUAACAUUCCAGUGCCAACUGCAACAAGUAAUGUGAAUGUUACAACAGAUGUUUCUUCAUUAGCACAACCAGGGACAUCUAAAAACACAAGUUCUGAAGUUGAGAAUGUUCACUCAGAAAGUAAAGUUGACAUAAACGUUCCUAGUACUACAACUACACCCAGUGAAAGUACGAAUACAUUAUCGGGUACAGAGGGUAAUGAUGUAACUCCAGAAUCAUCAGUUAGUAAUGAAACCGAACCAACAGCCGUAACAGAAAUUUUGCGGAGACGUAGGCUACAAAAAUUUUCAACUCAACUCACGACAGAGUAAAAGUUCAUAAAAUUAUGUGAUAACUUGUGUAAUAUAAUAAUCUGUACCUCAAUUAAUGACUGGCAUGGUUUGCAGAUGUAAUUAAUAUUUGAGAAAUGUGUAACGGUUAUGGUUAAGAGUUUGAAAUUCAAAUUCAAAGUUGUCUUUACGAUAUCAAUAAUCUCAAGUGUAUGAAAUAAAUUUAUCUUUUUUUUACAUAUACAUAUAUACAUAUAAACUGUUAUAGAAAAAAAAUAACCAGGCAAAUUUUUAUUUCAAUGAAUACAUUGUGUACCAGUUAGUUUAUGUGUAUAUAAACUCUUUACACAAUGGUACAGAUUUCUGCAAAGUGUUUUACGGAAUGAACUUUUGUAUUCAUUAAAUUGCUUCUGUAUUAUUUGUCUGAUAGUUAUUAAAACUCAUCACUCUCAAUCCUGUAUAUUUAUAUUAAAAGUUUAACUUAAAAUGUUUAACAGAUUUUCAUUGUUUUACAUUCAGAUCAGAAUACAGAUUUUGUGAGUCAUUACAUUUUGUAAGAAAUACUUGUGUUUAUAAAUGAGAGUGGUAAUAUCAGUCAGUAUAACAUGACUGAGCAGACAAUUAUUUUAGAUAACUAUCAUUGUAUGUAAUAAAUUUAUUUCUUCAAUAAUAUUUUUAUUUUCAUUGUAUAGAUUUAUACACCAUUUGUAUGGUUCAUUAAAGAAAAAAAAAUGUUUGCAAUAAUUUUAAAUAAUAAAUCUAAAUGAGACUAUAGAAUGUAAUAAAAAUAAAAUAAAUUAUAUUAUUUAAAAAAUAAUGAACAUACUCAUAUUAGGGUAAAUACAAUUUUAUUUUUAGAAAUUUCAAUCUGUUUAAUAUUUAAAUUAUAAAUAUAGGAUGAUCUACAACUUUCUAUACAAACGUUGAUAACGAGUUUUAUCAAUAAAAAUAAGAUUAAAAUGCCUUUAAGAAAAGAAAAAAAUGGAACGUCUUUAUCGAUACGAAAGUGAUAUCGACCCAUUUUCCAACAAUACCGUAAAUCGUUCAUUAAAAAUAUAAAAAAAAAGAUUUUUCUAUCAAUCACUUAAGGAGAAUAUAUGGCCUAAUUAAAAGAUCACUAAUAA